AUGAAAUUUAAGCUUCUUUUUGUGAUAUUGGUUCUGUGUAGCUCUUAGGAUAUGCCAGAUUUGGAAUUCCCAAAAUAGACACCUGUGAUUAUGCUAAAUGACAAUAAUUGGGACGCUAUUACUCAUUUAGGCAAUGAAGGAUUAGAAAAGCCAUGGUUUAUCUUCUUUUGGGCUCCAUGGUGUAAGGGUUGUCAUAGAAUUGUUAAGAUUUGGGAAGAAAUGGUAACUAUCUAUAAUGGGACAAUAAAUAUUGGUGCAAUCGACACAUAUAAUCAAGAACUUAUCGGUGAUAGGAUUGGUGUAACCAAAUAUCCAACCUUCGUUUUUUUCGAUACCGACAACAGGAUGUAUUUCUUCAACGAAUCUACUAACAUCGGCAAUUUCACUCAAUUUGUUGAUGAAAAGAAAUAUCUGCAUCUAGAACCUUAUGACACUCCUAAGGAAAUUGAUCACUUCAAAAAAUGGCUAAGAAGAAUAUUCUCAUUGAAAAUGGUUCCUGUAUAUGUGGUUGUGGCCUUUAUAGUGGUUUUGACAUCUUUAUGCAUUUACGGGAAUAAGUAAGAGAAGAAGGAUAAAUCGGAAGCUAAAAGAGUAAGGUUAGAGUUAUAUAGAAAAUCAUUAGAGCAAAAGGAGAGGGAGGAGUAUCUCAAGAAGAAGAGGGAUUGAUUUGUUAAUAGGUUAAUAUAUUUAGUUAAUAAGUC